AUGUGGUAUAUUGAGGAACAGGAAAAAGUUUAUUUGGAUUACAAUGGGACCACACCUUUGGCUCCUGAAGUAAUCGAAGCAAUCAAAGACGGUUUAAAGUACUGGGCAAAUCCCAGUAGCUCAGAUGUUCUUGGUAAAAAAGCAAGAGAAGUUGUGGAAAAUGCACGUGCUAGACUUGCUGAACUUUUUCACGUAACGCCUCGUGAAAUUUUUUUUACAUCUGGUGGGACAGAGACUAAUCACUGGGUAGUUUACAAUGCGAUUGAACACUAUAAAGCCCAGCAUGGUAGGGAGGGCAAACCUCACUUGAUUUCUUCCUCCAUAGAGCACCCUUCGCUUCUGGAACUUCUGAGAAAUUUGCAAAAAAAGGAAGUAAUAGACUUGAAUGAGAUCAGCAUUGAUCCAGCAACAGGAUAUGUUAAGCUUGAUGAGUUGCAAGCCGCUAUACGUGAGCACACCUGUUUAAUAACAGUAAUGUUAUGCAACAAUGAAACUGGUGUGAUUCAGCCGCUUUCUGACAUUGCUGCAAUUGCAAGAAAGGCGGAAUACCAGUAUGAUAUUCGUAUACUACUGCAUACAGAUGGGGCCCAAGCCGUAGGUAAAAUGGAUGUGAACUUGAAUGAGCUUAAAGUCGAUUUCCUUACUGUUGUUGGUCAUAAAUUUUAUGGACCUCGUAUUGGUGCACUGGUGCUUCGCUCCGCUCAAAUAGUUCCUUUGACUCCUAUAUUUUUUGGCGGUGGACAAGAGUCGGAUAAGCGUUCUGGGACGGAGAAUACACCAAUGAUUAUCGGUUUGGGAGAAGCCGCUAGAAUUACCGCCAAAAAUCUCUCUGCAUACAUAGAUCAUUUUAAAAAAAUUCGGAAUCAUUUUGAACAGAAAAUUAAGGACGUGUUCAAAGAAGGAGCUGUUAUUCAUUUUGCUGAUUCAGAGCGAAUUCCGAAUACAAGUAGUGUUGCAUUUGUGAAGUAUGAAGGUAACGCUGGUCAACUGCUCUCAAAAUGUAGCUCAUUUAUUGCCAGUACUGGAGCAGCUUGUCACUCGUCAAGUCAGAGCCCGUCUAAAACUCUUACUGCAUGUGGUAUUGAUGACCAGUUAGCUUCAAAAACUGUGAGAUUCAGUUUUGGACGGCAAACCACCAUUGAAGACAUUGAACGAGUCAUGAGUGAAUUGAGCUCUAUCGUAUUUCUUAGCAAAUAUGGGACUUCACUUCUCGGCGCUUUCAGUAAGGGUCCCAUUCCCGGGUUUUAA